AUGUCCGAAGAAAUGCCCAAUACUGGGGCUGAGGGGACUUCAGCCACUUUCGCGUCGGCCUCGGAUGCCGAGAAAAGCGCGAGAUUCGACACCUCAGGCCGAAAUGCAGCUGCACCAAAGCCGCGCAGCUGUGUGGUAUGCCGAAGUCGCAAAGUCCGCUGCGACAAGCGGGCGCCCUGCUCAAACUGUCGUCGCGCAAAUAUUGCGUGUGUCUUUCCUUCUUCUGAUCGUCCACCGAGGUGGGCCCGUCGCCUCGAUCAUUUCAACGGAGCGUUAUCGAACCCACAGGCGUCGCAUGAAGCCGGGGCGAUCGCUGAUGAAGUGAUGGAAAGACUUCGAACCUUGGAGAGCCUGGUAAAAGAUCUCACUGGUCAAUUGGAGCAGGCAAAGUCAGCCACGGGAGGGUCGUCAGGUGUUGGCUCGCCUGAAAGCUCCACGCAUGCUCGAGAGUCUGCGCAGCCACCGCAUAUAUCCCCUGCUGGGGCACAAGAUGUGCAGAAAACGUUUGGAAGACUGGUACUCCGCAAUGCCACCCAAAGCCGCUAUAUAAGCAGUGGAUUCUGGUCACGGGUCAAUGACGAGAUCAAUGGCCUGAAGAUGGACAUUCACAGUCUACCCUUGGGAGUCUCUGAUACAUCGGAUGACGAGGAGUCGCCGGGAAAGGCCCCGUCUACGCAGGAGCUUGAACAGACGCCUUCGGACCGUCACGCAUUCUUGUUUGGUCACAACUUGAACACAUUUUCUCCCAAUAUCACAAACCUUCAUCCGUUACCAUCACAGAUCCCCUUCUUGCUGGAUGUGUUCGCUGAAAAUGUGAAUAUCAUCCUCCAAAUUGUUCACCUUCCCACCAUAAAGGCAAUAGUUCGUGAUCGGCGCAACCGUGAACCGAAGGAACUCACUCCAGCCAACGAAGCAUUAAUGUUCUCGAUUUACUAUGCCGCCGUAACAUCUAUGGAGGAAGACGAUGUUAUGAUGAACUUCGGAGCCCCCAAGACUGAACUCAAUCUCAAAUACCGCCAAGGUUUUGAGCAUGCUCUUGCUAAGGCCGAUUUUCUCAACGUACCCGACCUAGUAUUGGUCCAAGCAUUCGCCAUCUUUAUUGCUCUUGUUCGCCGACACGACAGUCCAAGGUUUGUAUGGAUGAUGACGGGUCUAGCUAUCCGGAUGGGACAAGCUCUGGGACUACACAGAGAUGGAUCGAACUUUGCACAUCUGGAACCAUAUGAAGUUGAGAUGAGGCGGCGAACAUGGUGGGUGCUAUGCCUAUUGGACGUGAGAGCAUCCGAAAAUCAAGGGUCCGACUACACCAUCACAAAUGCUAGUUUUGACACCAAACUACCAAUGAACAUCAAUGAUGCUGACAUUGCUCCGGGAUCGAAAAAAGUGCCGCAAGAGCACUAUGGUUUGACCGACAUGUCAGUUGCGCGUGUCACCUUUGGGAUAUGCCAGGUCACAAUGCAGAUGAUGUCCCACGGCUUCAAGGACAAGGCACCGAGCCUGGAUGAACAGAGCCGCCUAUUGCAUCAAAUUUACCAGACCCUUGAAGAAAACUUUCUACAAUAUUCAACUGACUCUGUAAACAUCACAUAUUGGGUGAUAGUUAUCGUGGCGCGCCUUACCAUGGCCAAGAUGACCUUGCUUAUCUAUUUGCCUCUGCUUUUUUCUGCUGUCGAGGAUGAACUUGCCGGAGAGCUCCGGACAAAAUUCUUGAUAUCGGCAAUUGAAGUUGCAGAAUACAAUCAUGCUCUGAACAACGAAGAAUUGUGUCGCCACUGGCGAUGGGCGUUUCAGACCUACACACAUUGGUACUCCAUUGUCUACAUGAUGAUUGAGAUCUCGCGGCGCCCAUGGUCGCCCAUUUCCGAGAGAGCUUGGGUGGCUCUUCACAGCGUUUGGCUUAUCCCCAAUCAGUCCCAAAUGAACAAAAGCCUCAGAAUCUGGGUUCCGCUGCGAAAGCUCAUGAGCAAAGCAAGACAACACCGAGACAUGGAGUUCGAACGCUUGAAAACUGACUAUCUCGCUGCCGAGCAGCUAAAGAGGGAGUACCGAGAUCUACCAUUGCCCUCGAGUACCGGGCCGUUCCCACCCGGGUCCAACUCGGCAGAUCUGUUCCUUGAGCGAUGGCGCCAGCUUGCUUCAAACACAGUCAACGGGAUUGAUAAAAAUCCACGGCUUAGCUCUUAUAGCCUGCCCCAAACAAGUUCGGAGUCCAUAGCCGCUGCUCAACGCGCUGAUUCCAGUUCCGGACUAACCCUUGAGCCAGAUUGUCUUGGUAGUGGCACUUACUAUGCCGAGAAAGCUGUGCCAGGUACCACCUCUCAUGGACUCACUCCGGACAUGUUGCAAGAUACAAACAUGGGGACUGAAGCUGAGCAGCAUACUGUCUGGGCGCACAGCUCAUUUACACUGCCCGAACAAGUGGCAGCGGGUGCGGAACAGAACAUUAAUCCUUGGCUUUGGUCCGAUGGACAUGCAACUUCCGAGUCUGGAAACUUCCAUGCAGACACGGUUGAUAUGAAUAUUGAUAUUGAUGGAGAAGUAAACUGGUAUAACUGGGUCGAAUCCGCACAGGAGAUGGGUUUGGACGGAGAACCUGGUCGUCGCUAA